CCGAACCUUCCAGCGCUCCGGAGCCGCUGCGGCCCGAGCUCGCGGCUUGCCGCGGGCGGUGGGACUUCCGUGUUGGCGGGAUUCUGAACGCGACCAUGGCUCAGAACGUUCAGAACGUUACAUUGUCUCUCACGCUGCCCAUCACGUGCCACAUUUGCUUGGGGAAGGUCCGCCAUCCUGUCAUAUGCACCAACAAUCAUGUAUUCUGUUCUAUUUGUAUCGAUGUAUGGUUGAAGAACAAUAGCCAGUGCCCAGCUUGCCGUGUCCCCAUCACCCCUGAAAAUCCUUGCAAGGAGAUUAUUGGAGGAACAAGUGAAAGUGAACCUAUGCUUAGCCACACUGUCAGAAAACAUCUCCGGAAAACUCGACUUGAAUUACUCCAUCGAGAAUAUGAGGAUGAAAUAGAAAGCCUGCAGAAGGAAGUAGAAGAGCUUCGAGCAAAGAACCUCAGUUUGGAGUCACAAUUGAAGUCUGUUCUGGAUCCUUUGACCCUGGGCAACCAGAAUGAAGAAAGGCGGCCAGCUGCGGAGGAGAGAAAUAAGCCUCCUCCUGAAACUGUAGCUGAAUGGAAAAAAAGGCUGCGGGCGGCUCAUGACAUCUAUGAAAAAGUGAAAGAUGAUGUGGACAAACUCAAGGAGGCAAAUAAGAAACUAAACUUGGAAAAUGGUGGCCUGAUGAGGGAGAAUUUGCGAUUGAAGGCUGAAGUUGAUAACAGAUCACCCCAAAAGUUUGGCAGGUUUACAGUUGCUGCUCUUCAGUCCAAGGUAGAACAGUAUGAGCGAGAAACCAAUCGCCUAAAGAAAGCCCUGGAACGAAGUGAUAAAUAUAUAGAAGAAUUAGAAUCUCAAAUCUCAUUGCUAAAAAGCUCAAGUGAAGAAACUGAACCGACAAACUCCAUUAGCCAAAGAGUACUUUCUGCAGAAAGCCAAGGAAACAGUCACCCUGAGGAAAAUACCACAACUUUAACAAGUCAGGUAGAUUGUGUUGGAAAGCAGCCUGUUCCAGCUAACCCAACUUCUACACAUCUAACACAGUCUUCAUGUAGUAGGCUUUCAGAUAUUAACUCUGCUACUCAAGAAGGCUCAAGUGAGAGAGAAACAGAGUGUUGUAAGAAUAAAGAACUCUUCCCAGAACAGUUGAAAAUUCUGUUAGAUGUUACUGAUACAAGGAUGGAUGCCUGUUUGGAAAGACAAUGGAAUAAUAAAACUGGGAAUUGCGAUCCUUAUAAAGAUGAGGAAAUUUAUGAUCUCCCAGCUCCCUGUACCCCUUCUUUAUCUCUUAGUUGUCUUCAGCUCAAUACCCCAGAUAACAAAGAAGGCUCUCUGGUCAAAACAGAGAGCAUUAGAAAGCACUCACACCACCUAAGAAAAUUGGUAUUUGAUGAUUUUUGUGGCACCUCAAGCAGUUGUGGAAAAGAUUCCCUUCAGGACAAUGCAAGUAGUGAAAAUGGAAAGAAGUCGGAAAGUUUCACUUCCCCAAAAUCAGUGUUUUGGGAUUGUUGUCCUACCAAUUUUGUCCAAAACUUAGAUUUUGAUAGUUCAGAGCAAAACCCAGUUGCAAGUUCUUCUGGAGAACUGUCAAUGAAAUCCAAUGAGAAAGCAGGCUCCUGUCUAUCUAAAAGAUUAAAUUCUAUUCGCUCCUUUGAAAUGAAUCGUACUAGAACAUCCAGCGAAGCAUCAAUGGAUGCAGCUUAUCUUGAUAAGAUCUCUGAGCUGGACUCCAUGAUGUCUGAAUCAGACAACAGUAAGAGUCCCUAUAACAAUUUUAAAUCCACCGACAUGGAAACCCCAACAAAAUUAGUACAAAAUAGUGAAUUUUUGGAUGAUUCUGAUAAACUAGAAGAAAGAACUAAACCAAACCUUACAAAAUGUUCUCAGCUGCUUGAUCAGCCUGGAAAUAGAAAUGAAUGGAAACCCACUUCUUUUUUCAUUCUUUCACCAUCUGACCAAGAGAUGAAUGAACAUUUUCCACUCCUCCCCUCUCCCAAUUCAGGAACAAGUGAAAUCAAACCUCAGAACUGUUUGUUUCAGAGGGAGUUUUCCCAGAGUUUUUUGUUUAGUAACUCACAUAAGCUGUUUGAUGAUCAGAGGUUUGGGCCAUCUUUUUUCAAGAUGUCCUCAGAGAUGCACAAUGUUCACAAUCACCUUCAGUCCCCGUGGUCUGCCUCAUUUGUGCCUGAAAAGAGGAAUAAGAGUAUGAAUCAGUCAGCAAAAAGAAAAAUCCAGAGUAGCCUUUCUAGUGCCAGCCCAUCCAAAGCAACUAAAAGUUGAUUCAAUUCUAUUGAAAAGGUACUUUGUCUUGAGAGGAAAAAGAAAGUUUUUGAACUGUUUCCUUCCUGCCCUUCCAAGAGUCCCCUUACCCCAGAAAAUUUUUUAUUGAUCCUUUUAACCAAAAAUUAAAUCAAAAAUGAAUGGGCUAGUCUUUAUUUUUAUAUUUUUGAGAACCUCCUUUUGAAUAAUGUCAGAAAUUUGGUGGUGUUUUUCUUUUAACAUUAGCAUCAUUAUUUUUUGUGAUGUAUCAGGGUGGAUAUAUUUCAUAUUUUUGUAUUUUGUCAGGUGCAGUAGCCUGCUGGUGGUAAAGCAUCUUGUAGAUCUUCUUAAAUAAAAGUCUUAGAGCUGUCUGCAUUGUCCAUAAAACAUUUUGUUUUCAUAAUGCUUCUCUCAGUAUAUAAAUUUCUAUUACCUGCCACUUUUAUUUUAUUAUAGUAAUGAAUGGCCUGACUUUAAGCAAAUUCACACAUUGUGAAUUAGCACUAUAGGCCUGAAAACAAUGGCGGCCUGAUAUCCUAUAUGAUUUUUAAAUUUGAGCUUUUGUGGGGGUUUUCUUGUUUUUGUUUUUGUCUUUUUGGGUUUUUUUUUUGUUUUUGACUAGCCAGUGGAGGUACAACUUCAGAAAUUAAAGAACCAUAUUUUUAAAUGUCAAAGUGGUUGGUUUGGGUUUGAUCUUUUGUUUGUUCUUUCCCCUGAUAUAGCUAAGUCUUUUUACCUACCUCUUUGUGGAAAACUAGAAAUUCAGCCUACUCUGUGUGGGGAAGUAUGUUAACUUCAUGGCUUGGAUAUAGAGCACUCAAAUUUUCAGUCCCAAAUUCUAGCUCUGAUAAAUACUUAUUGAAAUAUUGAACUUGCUGUUUGCAUGGCACUGUGCUUUAUCGAAACCACGGUCUUUGUGCAUGCUAGCAUUCUUGCUUGCUCUGUUUUCCAUGCUAAGGAAAGUUAAGUUUUGGUUAGUAAUAGAAUGUCUCUUUUAUGUAAGUUACAAGUGCUUUUUUUCAUUUGUGGUGAAUAGGUAGGGGGUGGGGGAGGGGAAGAGUGAAGCACAAUUUUUAAUUUAGGUUUGGAAAAGCAUUUGUUAUUCCAAACAUUCAGUCUCCCUAUACAGGCCUUUAAAAAUGGGUUUGUAUGCUAAUGACUUGUUUACCUAAUGUGCACUGAACAUUUUACAUUAAUACUGUACUGUUUUACAUUAAUACUGCAUGCUUUUCUAUGUGAAUUGAAUAAAGAUGUCAUAAGCACUGUUAUCCUUGAUGUUGCCUCAGAUAUGGAAAUAACAUUCUAAGACCAGGAAAACUGCCCUUCUUAUCACUUUUAAUUGAUCUGAAAGUCUGAAAUAAGUUGUCAUAAAUAUUUUCUCCCAAAUCGGAGAGUUCACAUUUUCCUUAUGUGCAAUGAGUGUUUUUUAAUUGGUCAUUAUGGACCAUGUUUUAUGUUAACAGGCAUCUCCUAUAAGGGUUCUUGAUCAUUUGCCUCAAUACUAUGUUGAUAGAGCAGCUAGUGGGUGCAGUGAAUAGAGCACUGAGCUUAGAAUCAGGAAGACUCAUCUUUCUGAGUUCAAAUCUGAGUGACCCUGGUCAAGUCACUUAACCCUGUUUGCCUCAUUUCCUCAUCUGAAAUGUGGGCUAGAAAAGGAAAUGGAAAACUAUUCUAGUAUCUCUGGCAAAAACCCUUUCUCUUCCUUCCCCUCUCCCCCCCCCAAAAAAAAAAGACUAGGCUACAAUUGAAACUCCUGAACUACCAUGUUGAUAAGUCUGAACUCUACCUAAAAGCAUUUGAAAUUGUAGUGACAAACUGGUACGAUAUUUCUAAAAUUGGUACUCAAAGGGUAAAAAAUUUUUCCUAAUUCUGUUUAUGGUUCAAAGAAACAAUAUCAUUUCCUAAGGAUAUACUUGUUUUUAAAAUGUGGGCACUAAAAUUGUCUCUAAAAUGUUUUAAUAUCUAUAUAGUAAAUUCAGAUGUGAACUUUCACUUCCUUUAGGUGAUGAGGAUCUGUCAUAUGAAUUACCAUUUUUUUCUUCUCCCUCCUACCUGCUCCCAAAAGUACUUCACAAUUAUUAAUUAAAACUAAUAAAUUCAUAGUCAGGAGAACUGCAGGAUGUAUUUUAAUAUGCUAUUCUUAUUUUGAAUAUUGACUUGUUAAAAUUAGCAGAUCCAUAUUCUGAUUUGAUAUUUUUAAAAAUACAUACCCAUGAUGGCAAAAAGAAACAAAAUGGUUGAAUAAUUACAUAAUGGAAAGAUGUGAUAUUUCUUAAGAAUUGUUUUUAAGACAAUAUCGACUUAUUUGAGCUUUUUUCCCCAAAUGGUUCAGAUUAGAAUGCAUUUGAAAUGCAGAAUAUGCUUUUAGAAGAAAAUAAUUUAAAUCUCACAAAAUCUGCAUGCUAGUACAUACAGGUACUAGUACUUGGUCUAUGGCCCAAGUUUCUGCAUCAAUAGACAGUCCUUGUUAAUAGCUGAAUUGAUUUGAUUACAUUACGUAAUUUGUUGUAUUUUACUUUAUGGCCACUGUAGUCUGUAUAUGACAGUUUCCAAAAUCAAACUGCUGAACUUAAAAAUAGAGUAAAUUUUUUGAAAUUCCUAUUAUUGGUUAAAGAAUGUUACUUUUUAACAUGUUUUUAAAGUAGUAUACUUCGUGCUUUAUACCCAACUUUUCUGUUGACUUUAUGUGAUAUAAUAAGUUUAUACAAGUUUACACAAACACUUUUAAAGUUAAACAUUAGAUCAAGGUUGUCAAGAGUAUUAAAUUCAUUCUUCUCUAUUAUCUUUCCAGGGACAAAUAAUUAGCAAUCAAAUAAGGAACUUUCACACCAGAAAUACUAUAAACAUAGUAGCAACUGAAUUUUUAAAAUGCCAUUACAAAUCCUUAAUAGGUAAUUUGAUUUCAUAUAGGAAGUUAGGAAAUAACAGGACUUAAUUUUUUUGGGGGGUGGGGGAGGGAGGACCUGAUGGAGGACAUAAAGAUUCAGUUUAAAUAUAUCCAUGGUGAUUUUUUUUUAACCUUUAUAGAAAUCAAUUGUGAACAAGGUUGAAAAGUGUCUUUCAAGGUUUACAUCACUCAAAGUACAGAGUUUUUUCAUUUUCUGAGAAAUUUGAGUUCCAGCUUCUUGAGUAUAUUAUAAUGCUACUUUCAUUAACAAAAGUUAGCUUCUUUAAUAGAAAGUGGUCUGUUGCUUCAUGACAUUAUAGAACUGAUAUUCACCUGUUUCACAUUAACAGCUCAUCUCUAACUUAGUCUUAAAGGGAUUCCACAUAAAAUGAAAAAAUGACUUGCCCACAAUCAUGCAGAUUGUAUGAACCACAUGCAGGACUUUCACCCAAGUUUCCCAUAUUUCAUGUGCCUUCAUCUAUUAUACCACAUUUUCACUUUAGGUUUUCUUCUCCAAACACAAUUAUACUUAUUGUUUACCAUCUUCUAUGUUAAUGUUCAGUUUUGUCUUGAGAUUUCAUGAACUUGUCAACUGUAGCAUGCCAGUAUUGUCCAUAAAGUUUUCUUGGCAAAGAUUAACUAGAGUUGUUUUUUUUAUUUCCUUUUUUCAGUGGAUUAAGGCAAACAGCUUAAGUGACUUGCCCAGGAUCACAUAACUAACAAGAGUCUGAAGUUAUAUUUGAAUUUAGUUCUUCCUGAUUCUAGGCCCAGCUCUGUUAACAGCUGAGCCACCUAGUUGUUCCUUUCCUCUUCUAUAACUGACAAAAUAUUGAGUGCCUGCUCUGUCAUGUAUGUUCUGUUUAAAGUGUUACAAGUUCUAAAGAGAAAAUUGAUUCACAACCAUAAUAAAACAUUUCAAGAGCAA